CACUCGAGGAGUGACUGAGAGCCGCCUCUGGAGGGUCGAAGGCGGCAGCAGAAGAGAGGGAAGAGGGAGGCUCCUGCCAGGUUUCCCUCUGGAGUUUGCAAGAAGAAAAGGCAAGGGGUGGGUCAUGGUGGCCAGCGGACAAGGAAAUAUGAGGCAACCUGGCAAAAAGAAGCCACCCCGAGGCCCUGAGAUAGAGGACACCUUGUGCUGCUGCGAGUAUUUGGAUCGGAAGGGUGAGAGGAGCCACCUGGCGGCGUGUCUCUGCGAGUGCGAAGAUCUCGAUGAGUGCUGCGAUAGGUGGCUGACUUGCAGAUCUUUGCCCCCGGGAAUGUUAGAGCGAAUUGCAGACACCUUCACGGACCGCUUUCGCCUCCCUUGGCUUAAGGGGGCUGUAAAGAUCGAUAUCAGCCUCCUCCCACCAAUCAUCCUGCUGCCUAUUUUCCUUCACAUAGCAGCCUUGCACUUCCUCUUGGCUCUUGUCAUCCUGAUAUCACUUCCUGUCUUGGUGCUGUGGUAUUACUACCUUACGCACAGGAAGAAGGGCCAUACUCUUUUUUUCUUAAGUCUGGGGCUCUUCUCCUUAGGCUACAUGUACUAUGUGUUCCUCCAAGAAGUGGUUCCCCAUGGCCAUGUGGAGCACAGUCAGGUGAUUCUGCUCACCUGUGGCUUAAUCCUCAUGCUUGUGGCUCUGUCUCGAGCCAAGAGAGAUCCGGGCUACCUUCACUGCCACAUGAGCAGUGACAAAGCACUUUGCCAAGGCAGCAACGGCAACAAUAACAACAUAUUAAGCCGGAAUGGCCUCGGGAGUUCCAGUGGGCUUUACAGAGCAGCUGUAUCUGGAGUUGCUGUGAACAGUAAAACUGAGGGCUAUGCCAAAAAGUUGGCAGCGGGGCCAGGUGGGGUCACAGAGGACUGGUGUACCAAGUGUCAGUUGUUUAGGCCAGCCCGAGCUGGGCACUGCCGGAUUUGUGGCAGGUGCGUGAAGAGACUGGAUCACCACUGUGUCUGGAUUAACACCUGUGUUGGUGAACAGAACCACCAAGCCUUUGUCCUUGCUCUCUCUCUUUUUCUCAUCACUUCAGUGUAUGGGAUUUCUUUGACCUUGGACACCAUCUGUAGGGGAAAAUCUACAAUCAAUGCACUGUUCUACUGUCCUGGUGUCUAUGGAGACUACAGUUCUGCCCUAUCAUUCACCUGUGUAUGGUAUUGUGCUAUUGUAACGUCCGGCAUGGGUUACAUCCUUCUCAUCCAACUCUUCAACAUCAGCUACAAUGUGACUGAGAGGGAAGCUCGUAUUGCUUUGCAGGAGAAUGUUGGACGGAGGCUUUUAUGGGGCAUGGUGGUGGACACAGGGCAAUAUAACCGGGGCUUCUUGCGCAAUUGGAUCCAGUUCUUGACUUUGGACUCAGCUGUUCUGCAGCACUCCAGUGAAGACAUUGUAUGAUGUGAUGUGGCCUGGUCAUCUUACUGGGCUAACACAUAGGUUAUUCUCUUGAACAUCUUUAUCGUAUCAAGGCAUUAAGGGCAAAUAGCUCUCAUUUGCUGGAACCCGGGGAACUGAAUGCAGCAUCUUCUAAGCCAUAUUGUGGCUCUAUAUGCCAUGUCCUAUGUGUGAAGUUCUUCAUUUGAUAUCUGUCACAUGGUAUCGUAUGUGUACAAAGGAAUCAUCAAAAAUCAAAAACCUGAUACCUAAGGCUCUACUUUUCUGUGAAGGCUAUUCAUAUAUUCAGCCAUUGGAUUGUUAUCUGUUGUGCAUGUAUUUGUGGGUCAGAGAGCAGAUUUGUUAGUGCUUAGGACUGUAUGUUGAAGUGAUCAACUUUUUAUUGUCAGGGCAUCAACAAGUUACUGCAGGUCUUAGGGAGGAAUAUUCUCUUCAGUUCCAGUGCAACAUCUUGAAUCUUAAUGUGGUGUUUCUCAAAACAAAGGGCUAAUUGCCCUGUGAGGUUUCAAGAAAACUGAGCAGGAGGUUGCUGGAUGGAGGCUUUCUGUAACCCACAGAUCCAGAGGCAUACUCCUCCCAGUUGUAGAGGCUUAGCAUCACAAUUACUCAAACUGUUGUACUAACCAAAGGAGGUGCAGAGAAGUAGGGUAGAAGUUAAAUCCUGGAUAUAUUGCUAGAGUUUGGUGGUUUGGCAAACAUGUCUAAUUUCCAAUUGUUUAACAAUAAGCAUUAACAAAUUGGCUCAAUCAAACCACAAACUCUACAGCUUGUUCGGGGUAGCUUGGCUGGUGUGGCUUUUGGGAUGGAAGGACUCUGUUCAGUUGUGGUACUCAACAAAUUCCUGGUUUCAGAAUUUUUUUCUGGUGGACCUUGUAGUUCAUGUUAAAAUAGUUUAGAUCCCACCAGCAUAAACUCUGUUGAUCCCAUAUGCACACACUUCUACAGUAGUAUAGAAGGAUUUUAUGUGUUCACCUGCAAAAAGAUAACAGUUAUUCGGUUGCUGUUGGUUGUGUAAUUUAAGAGGUAGAGAUAAUAUAGAAAAAGGUCUGAAGUCAAUUUAGAAAAUAUUGUUUUAAAAUACUGCUAUGCUUGAAUCAACUGUAUCAUGAGGAAGUUGCUUGGCAUUUUUGAACUUUAGUAUGCCAUAGCAAAUUCUGUGCUUUGUGGAUGAUGGUAGGGAUGGUAUUAAAAAGGGAACAUUUAUGCAUAUCCAAUCCUAUGCAAAAUUACCAAACCCUUCAAUAUUGGUUAAAACUUUUCCCUACUUUAGAAGAAUUGAGAUACUUUGGUGGUUCAAUUAAGUGCCUUUGAGAUUUUUUUCUUUAGAUAGUCUUUGUCUUAGAUGGGGUAUAUGUCCUUCAGAGGUUGUAAGUUGGUGGCUCCCAGUAGCUAUAACCAUGAUAGCCAAUGGUGAGAAAAAAGGUAGACUAACAACAUCUGGAAAGCCACAUAGUCCCCAUCUUUGUUUUUUAGACAUAUCAUAAAAAUACUUUUGAUGAUCUGGAAUGAUUAGCAAGAUAUAAGUGUCAUUUACAGUGAAAUGAGCUGCAGGAAAGUGAAGUACAUUAUACUGAGAAGAUUGUUCACCUAAGGGUUAUAGGGAGUGUAUUGUAGAAAAUGGUUGCUUGUACUGUUGCAUUUUUUACAAAAAUCUAAUGCAGAGAUAGGAAAGCCUUAAUUUAUUUUAUUGUCUGGCAAUAUCCUGUUACUUGAGAGUGGAGCAUUAUAGCUCCACAUGUGUAUGUUGGUAUGAUACGGUAUUAAUACUUACAUAAACAAGAGAAUCAUUAUUUUAAAUGUGCUAUUUGAAAUAUAAGGGUUACAUUUACUCUGCAGCAUGCAGCUAGAAAUUUGGAGGGUGUAGGGAUUUGAAUUCACCAGUCGUUCAGUUCUUUGCAUAGACUUUCUCCUUUUAUUAAUGUAUGUACAGGUUUUCAAGUUGAAACAAAGUUGUUUCAUCUUUAUUCUCUACUAGCUGUAGUAACCAGCAUUGUUUAUGAUAUUAUUAAUGACAAUUCUGUUUCAGUUCAGAAUAUUCUGAUUAGUCUCACAAUUGUCUGAAGCAGCAAAGAGGCAAUAGAUAACAGGAACUGUUAAACUUAUUUUGUUCCCAAAGAGUUCAUCUCCAAAGAGAACUGUUGUCUCAUGUUGGGCCUUAAUUUUGCUUUGAUACCUGCACAGGUUUUCAGGUUGAAACAAAGUUGUUUCAUCUUUAGUUUCUACUAGUUGUAGAAACCAGCAUAUUUUAUGAUAUUGUUAAUUAUCAUUCUGGAGGCUGUGUGCCUAUCUCUUUGGGGGCUCAAAUGUUCUUCUUAUUCUAGCAGUUUCCCUCAAUCAGCUGCCAAAUACAUUACUCUAUAUGAAUGAAAAAUAAUUGGGGUAUCUGCAAAAUACUCCUAAGUAAAUUCUGUGUAUACCACAUAGCCUUCAUGUUAAAAGUAUGACCAUUUCAGGCAUCCCCCUGCAGGAAAAAAGGGGUUGUAGAUCUGUUCAUGAACAAGAACUUAAGUUUUAUUUAUACCAAAAAAUUAAAACGCCAUCAGAAUCUUUCAUGUUAUGUGGUAUCAUUCUAUGAAUGAGAAAAGAAUCGGAGUGCCCUCCAAAUAAAUUUUUAAUACACCACAUAACCUACAUUUUAAUUAAAUAUUAAAACUUCUCUGUGUUCAUUGAAAUUAGAAAAUGUUGAGCAGGGACAAUUUAGGUUGUGGUUUGGGAUAGGUUGCAAACAUUAAAAAAUCACAUCUGGAAUCUUGCGGGAAUUUUCAGAAUAGCUGGUGGAAGUGUGACAGAGCCUGUGUUCUACAGUGGCUUGAAUGUUGGAUGAAGAUUCCAGGAGACUAGAGUUCAGAUCCUCACUCCACUGGUUGACCUUGGGCAAGGCAUACUCUUGGCCUUAGAUGAAGGCAGUGGUAUGUUACCUCUGAAUGUGUCUUGAAGGCACAUAACAAAAGGAAGUGUCAUAUUAUGCUGUUAAUAACUUUAAAGAACCAAAUACCAUCUGGUUUGGGAAGCUUGAUUGGCUUUGGUUAGUACUUGGAUGGGAGACCACCAAUGAAUAACAGGCACUGUAGGCUAUAUUUCAGAGGAAGGAAAAAACCACCUCUUGCCUAAGAAAACUCCAUGAAAUUCAUGAGGUGACCAUAAGUUGGCAGGUGACGUAUGACACACAUACAUGGUUAAAGCACAAGAUGGCUAUAAUCUUAUAUGUCUGGCAGAACGUAGAUCUAUUCCAGCAUUCUUUCUCUAGGCUUCCCUUCCACUGCUGCUAGUGCUGAAAAGCAUCUCCAUGUCCAAUUAUGCUUGCUGGGGAUGUGUGUAGGAAUUCAUUCAAAGUCAGGAAGGUGAUUAUAGACAUUGUAUGCUCUGGUUCCUUCUUCAGCUCCAACUGCUGGAGUUGUGUGAGGUAUCGGAUCUUCCUUCCACAACAACCUUAAAAGUAUGUAACACUGCCAUAAAAUGAGGUUAUGGUGAGCACAUGUUUCAGUUUAUCUGAAGAAGCUAGCUAAUUCUUGUUUACAUUGAACUGUUUGUGACAAAAAUGGGCACUGAAGAUAAAUACCGUAUUAUAUCGCAUGAAGGAAUUUUACAGAGAUUGUGGUAUGUGAUGUUUCAGAAACAUUAAUGUUCCUUACUAGAUUUCUGUUUUGCUGCAGAGUGAAUUACAGCGAAGGAAGAACCCAUAUUGCUUGGGUUGUCAUUGCUGCAUCAAAGUCAAACCCAUGCAAUAUGAAAUACUGUGAGCACAGUAGAAAGCAGUGUUUGGAAUAAACCUGCUAUCUUUUCCCAGUCAUGCCUUUCUGCACUUCAUUUUGUAGAAGUGUCAACUCUAUUUGGAUAUCUAUGUAUUUACUUCAUCUCUAUAAGGCAAAAAUGACUUCUUCCAAUGGGCCAAUGGUAUUCAAUGGUGCUUUUUUCCCACAGUAGAUUUCUUUAAGUGUCUUAAUAAUUUUCUGUUAAAGUGUCUUCUGUAGAACGUGUAAUAACUGCCUCACUGUCUAGUGUCUUAAUUGUGUGUUCUAUGCUUUGAAAUGCUGAUAUGAUUGUAUUUUACCCCUGCAAGGUAGAAUGGUGCAAUUAUUAGUGCUUUUUUCUAUCAUAUUUUAAGUGAUAGCUUUUCCCAGAAGCCUUUAUUCAACUGCUAUGCUCAACUGUACAGUAAGAAUGUAUAAGGACAUUGCCUUUUCAGGCAUUCUGUGCCAUUGAUGUAUAGACAACUGAAACAUGGAAAAAGAUAAGAAGAAUGGCUAUGAACUUUAAUGUUUCCAGCUAUAGACAUUUGGAAACUCAGUUGUGAAAUGCUUAUUUGUGAAUUUUAUAAAGCACAAUGUUGGUUUUAUUAUGUAUCCAGUAUUUGAGAUGGAUCAGUACCAGCUUAAUUUUUUUUUAAAAAAAAUAACAUGUUAAUUGGAGUAGUUAUACAGAGUUACAGAAACAUGCUACCACCUCUUUAAGAGGUAGUAAUAAACUUAAGCUCAUACCUUAUGCUGUUCUUUAAGCCUUUGACUAAAGAUAGUUGCGGCCUCCUGAGUCAACUGAAGACAAACUGGUAACACCAUUCUAGAAAAAGCAAAGGCAAUUUCAAACCAAGGCUGUUUUGUUACAUAUUUCAAGAUGAAAGGGAAUACAAACAGGAGCUUUUCAGCCAUUUUUGUAAAAUCAGUGACAGGUACAAUGACAGGUACCAUGACUAGGAUUGAAUCUGAGUGUAAUCCACUGCAGAUGUUAAGAGUAAAUAGGGGACGGGGAUUGUUUUGAGUGUGACUUCUUCUGUGACAAAUGUGCAUCAUUCCUCUACAAAUCAAACAUAAUCUUAUGUAGCGUAAUACAGUACUGUACUAGGGUUUGCCCUAAUUGUUAAUAUCUAGCUACUACUGGUUCAAACAGGCUAAAGGAUCUUUGUGAUAUUAUGUGGAAAGGUAUAAAGCCUUGACUGACUGGAUUUAUCUUCAGUGCAUAAAUAAUAUAGUUUGAUGCCUCUUAUUGCCAUCGCUCGGUGCUGUGGAAUUCUGAAAAUUGUAGUUAUUUGUGGCAUCAGAGUUUUCUGAUAGAGGAGGCUAAAUGUCUCACAGAACUGCAAAAUUCCAUAACAUUGAGUCAUGGCAGGUGAAUUAAAAGCACAUGAACUAGAACAGCAUCCCCUAUUUCAACUCCCUCCCUGAACAGAUAAAAAUAUGGAAUACAAGAGCCCUUUUUUGCCAGUACUGUAUGACAAUAGGGAGAGGACUAGCCCAACCACUUUGAAUUCUGUCCAGAAACUAACUAGCCACUUAUGCUGUUGCAACCAUUUCCGGUCAACACUGUUGCCCAGCUAAAGAUUUUAACUACUUUUUGAACACAGCCCUAUAUAGAGCAAAUUAUAAUAAGGCAUCUGUCUAUGAUUUAAUGUACUGCUAUAAGAUGAAAGAUGAGAAGGUUUUGUUUUUGGAGGAAAGUUGCUGACAUUUGAAAUGUAGGGUUGAACACCAGCAACUGUGAAUCCUUUUGGCUUUCCAAGGGCCAAGGAAGAAUAGAAUGGGCAAAAUGGGAGGUCCUGAGGACCGGAAAAGUCAAUAGGAGGUGGGCAUGGCAAGGCUUCACACACUACUAAAACCUUCUUCUCCCCCUGUCUUCUCAUCAUUUUCCCCCACUGACUUCGCCAACUACUUCAUCACAAAAGUCACUACUAUUCGAUCUGAAAUACUUCCUCCUGACCUGCCCCCUACCACUAACCUCCUGGUACCUUCUACUAAUAAACUCUCUGCAUUUCCCCCUGUUUCUCUGGAUGAACUCCCUAUGCUGCUAAACUCCUCCAAACCUACAACCUGUUCUCUUGAUCCUAUUCCCUCCCGUCUCCUAAUAGCCCCUUCUCUUCUGCUCUUGCUCCUCUAUAUCUUUAACCUCUCUCUCUCUGUGGGUUCCUUCCUUUCGGACUUCAAACAUGCUCUCGUUUCCCCAAUUCUGAAGAAACCCUCUCUCGACCUCUCUUCUUUGUCUAGCUAUUGUCUGAUUUCUCUUCUUCCUUUUCUAAGGUAUUGAAUUUCUUGAAGCUAACUCCAUCCUGGACCUUUUCCAGUCUGGUUUCCGUCCACGGCACUCUACAGAGACAGCCCUCACCAAGAUCUCAAAUGAUCUCUUGCGGGCCAAGGCGAAUGGCCUC